GUUGGAACCUUCAGCUGUCAGACUUUGGCCACCCUAAAAGUGCAGGUUUUGUUAGCAAACUAACUCGGACUGUACAACCCGCGCUGACUUUAUUCAAAGUUGUGCAUUCAUCUAUUAAUCGAUCUUUGAGCGCGCGAGCCGCCGAUCGAAGCGCUAACAUUGCACGAGGACGAACCGUUUGAUUUAAUCGCUGCUAGUUUUUGCACAAGCCAGCGAUCCUGAGCGGGUGUAAGGCUAGAUGCAGGGAGGGAGGGAGUAAAAGAAGGCAAAAGUCUUUGUGCUUCCCUUCCCCCUCAUCAAAGCAAAGGGGAAAUGUCUCUGUCUAAAGGAGGGAAGAAGAAGAACCCCGGGCUGAAGCUGGCCAAAGAAGUGUUUGUGCAGCCCCAACCAGCAGCAGCAGCGCCACCUCGAGACCUUGACUCAAAAGCUUGCGUCACAAUUGGAGAUCAGAACUUUGUGGUGAAGGCCGAUGACUUGGAGCAGAUUGAAGAGCUGGGCCGGGGAGCGUAUGGAGUGGUGGACAAGAUGAAACAUGUGCCCAGUGGUGUUAUCAUGGCUGUCAAGAGGAUUCGUGCCACCGUCAACACUCUGGAGCAGAAGAGGCUCCUGAUGGAUCUGGACAUUUCCAUGAGGACAGUGGACUGCUUCUACACUGUGACCUUCUAUGGCGCCCUCUUCAGAGAGGGGGAUGUCUGGAUCUGUAUGGAGCUGAUGGACACGUCCCUGGAUAAGUUCUAUAAGAAGGUUAUCGAGAAAGGCAGAGAAAUCCCCGAGGACAUCUUGGGCAAGAUCACAGUAGCAAUUGUCAAGGCAUUAGAGCAUCUGCACCGUAACCUGUCAGUGAUACACAGAGAUGUGAAGCCCUCCAAUGUGCUGAUCAACACUAAGGGCCAAGUGAAAAUGUGCGACUUUGGCAUCAGUGGCCACCUGGUGGACUCUGUGGCCAAAACAAUGGAUGCAGGCUGUAAGCCCUACAUGGCGCCUGAGCGGAUCAACCCUGACCUCAACCAGAAAGGCUACAGUGUCAAGUCAGACAUAUGGAGUCUUGGUAUCACAAUGAUUGAGCUGGCCAUUUUGAAAUUCCCCUACGACUCAUGGGGCACCCCGUUCCAGCAGCUCAAACAGGUGGUGGAUGAGCCGUCUCCACAGUUGCCCGCCGACCGUUUCUCCCCAGAGUUUGUAGACUUCAUCUCCCAGUGCUUAAGAAAGAAGCCAAAUGAGAGACCAGCUUACACAGAAUUAAUGCAACAUCCGUUUUUCACCGAGCACGAGCACGACCCCAAAGACACAGACGUGGCCAGUUUUGUCAAGGUCAUCCUGGAUGACUGAUGGGCUCCCUCUGGGCCCCCGGCCCAUCAGGGUAGGCGGGACCUCAGCAAACAAACCAAUGGUCUACCUUUUUCUUUUUCUUUUUUUUUUUUUUUUUUAAACUCACUGGAAUGACAGACUCUUAUGCACCCACACACAAUGGGGGGUGUCCCAAAGACUGACAGCAGCCCAGCAGCACUGGAGUGGGAGAGUGGUGGUAGUAUGAACUUGUACGGUCAAAAACCAACUGGAGAGGUUUAAUUCGCUCCUCCAAGCUUCCUGUGUGUGCAAUUAUUCAACAUGACAAAUAUGAACUGAACCAGAUUAUUAUUAUUUUUUUGUCGUCUUCUUUUGUUUUUGCCCCACUGCCCCUUUUUAUCUCUCUCUCAUCAGAAUGGACAGAGCCAGCCAUCAUUUCUUUGUGACACAUAUUGUACUUUGAGUUUCAUCUGCAAAACCAACAGUUAAAUGUGUAUGUUGUUGUGUAUUGAAAGCUAUAUUUGCAUAUGCGUUUGUAUGUUUUCUCAUUAUACAGAGUUUUGAUACUGUAUAUCAUCGACAAGUGUGAAUUUUACCGGACUAGGGCCUUAUUUGUCAGAUCGCGUCAGGUGAGCAGUUCCACCUGGUUCUGUGCUGAAGUGACUGGUCAGUGCAGGGGCUGCAGGAGGCUCCAGAGCUGAGGCAAAACAUUUAAGAAAUGUCAAAGGUCACAUUCUGGACGGCAGGAGUUGUAAGUAAUUUCCAGAUCUCUUGGCAGCGUGAGGCAGGAAUGUAUAGCAUCCUGUAUCAUCUGAUCCCGUAGUGAUCCUUCAUGCAGCGACCCCUCCGUACUCGUUGUCUUCUUUCUCGGAUAUUAACGGUUCGGCUUCAGUGCUGCCAUCGUCGCUACCUGGAAGUAUUCAGGGGUUGCCGAAUCAAGCUCACAGCUUUAUCUCUUUCUGUGUGCCAUUUUGCAAAUCGUUCUCAUGAAUUACUGCAUUAAUUGUGUUGUUUUUUUUCCCUCUUUUUUUGGACUUGUUCUGGCCUGCGUUUUGAUUUUAUUUCAGCCGCAUUUAUCCCUUUUGCCUACCGUUCUCAAUUCUGGACUCGGCAUAGUCUUUUCAUAUGAGGCACUUGUGUUUUUGUUUUUUUUUUCCCCAGAGAUCGUAUCAUGCAUUACACAGACAGUAUGUUAGGGAAAUAAUUUAUGUGUUGAAGAUGUAAAUACUAUCUCCUUUUUAAUGUAACAUGGCACUGUCCUGACCUGGCAGUGCAGAUGAGUGGUAGAGUGGUUGGUAGUAGUUAGUUUUAAUGCAGUGUGACACGCAUACACAAACACUUGUACUCACAGGGCCAGCUGAUUAUCAUACACCUAUUUUGGACUGAUGUGCUGUCAGGCUCCACCGCUCAGGUUUCUGUGCUCUCCUUCACGUGGAGACGGCCCCGUUUUAUUUCCCCCCCUAGGUCGUGCUCUCCUCGAGUGCCGGACCGAGAACCUCUUUUCAGUCCACGGUGGGCAGCCAUUAUCUCUUCUCUCUGACCAUACUAUGCAGAGCCCCUUCGCCCUGGACACACAGCAAGAGGCCCUUGCCAUAUGGCAGUUCCCCCCCUCCCAAGUGUUCAGAGACUGUGAUGAUGGUGAUGGUGAUGAUGAUAGUGAUGAUGACUGCCACGCCUCUGUUCAUGGUUAGCACUCAUCGCCUCUCUGGUUUACACUGUAGUGCGACCUUUAUCAAAAAGUCAGUGAGUUAGGAGUAUUUAUGAUUGUGAAUAAUAAGGGAAAGCUAGCAACACCACAAAGAAGCUGCUAUUGUUUUUUUCCCUUUUUAUUUUUUAUUUUUAGUCGGCCUUCUUUGGAUGGCCAUUCCCUUGGUGUGUAAAAGUGAGUUUUUACGCUGAUCACAAUGAGAAUGGAACACUUGCUCUACCUCUUACUCCUUCACUCUAUUUGCCACCUUUUUAUGGGGUGGGACUGACAAACUUGAACUAUGGAAAGACAAAAAAAUAAAGGCUUUAUUGUUCAGUA